CUCCUCCCCAUUAGGGUUCCAACUUCCAUUCCUCACUCAACCGCUUUCUCUCUCUCAUCACUUCUCUCUCCAAAUUCUCCAAACUUUUCGCUUCCCUUGCCCAAUUCCUUCGUGGGUUUCAAUCCAAUUUCGAAUUCCGGAAUUCUGGGUUUCACCAAUUUUCUAGUUCCAAGCUUUCCAAUCAAAAGAGGAUUUGAAUUCCAUAUUUUGAGAAGUGGGUACCGGUUUUCAGCUUGAAUUGUUGAAAAUUUCAAACUUUUUGAUCCAAAUUUCGGAUUUUGGCAACUGGGUCUGUGUUGAUUUUGAGAGAUAACACCUAGAAGUUUCUGUGUUGAUUGAUCUUGUUGUGUAUGUGAAAAUGCGUACUAAAGCAGAAUUUCAAGGUUCAAUUCUGAGUUUCCGUGGUGCUCAGGUUCACUCCAUGGAAGGUUCAACUUUUGACCCGGAGCUUGAUUCGUUUCAGAAACACGUCACUGACCGAUUCAGCGAGCUGUCUUCGGUUUCAAACGAUGAAUUGCUCUCACUUUCGUGGAUUAGGAAGCUCCUUGAUUCAUUCAUAUGUUGCCAAGAGGAAUUCAGGAUGAUUCUCCACAACCACAAGGCGCUAGUGGUGAAAUCCCCUUUGGAUCGCAUGGUGGGUGAUUUCUUCGAGCGGAGUGUGAAGGCGUUGGAUGUUUGUAACGCAAUCCGUGAUGGGAUUGAGCAGAUUAGGCAAUGGAAGAAGCUCUUGGAGAUUGUUCUAUGUGCUUUGGAUCAGAAAAAGAACAUUGGUGAGGGUCAAUUUCGCCGGGCCAAAAAGGCUCUUGUUGAUUUAGCUAUUGGGAUGCUAGAUGACAAGGAUUCUAAUGCUAAUUCCAUAGCACAUAGAAACAGAUCAUUUGGUAGAAACAAUCAUAAUCAAAUUCAUAAUUCUCAUCACAAUCAUCAUCAUUUACUUGGAUCAUCUUCAACUUUUGGUCAAUUUCGAUCGCUUUCAUGGAGUGUCUCGCGGAAUUGGUCUGCUGCGAGGCAACUACAAGCAAUUGGGAACAACCUGAGCCCUCCUAAGGCGAGUGAAAUUGUUGCUACCAAUGGCCUUGCAUUGGUUGUUUACACAAUGAGUUCGAUUCUAUUGUUCACUAUGUGGGCUCUCGUGGCUGCGAUUCCUUGCCAGGACCGGGGCUUGAACCUGCAUUUCUCGGUUCCGCGGCAGUUUUUGUGGGCUGCUCCGAUGACCUCGCUUCACGACCGGAUUCUGGAGGAGUCGAGGAAGAGGGAGAGGAAGAAUUCUUGUGGGCUGAUGAGGGAGAUUCAGCAGAUUGAGAAGUGUGCUAGGGCGAUGAAUGAGUUGGGGGAUUCUGUGCAGUUUCCUUUGAGUGAGAAGAAAGAGGAGGAGGUUAGGCAUAGAGUGCAGGAUGUUGUGAGUGUCUGUGAGGACUUGAAAGAGGGAUUGGACCCUUUGGAGUGCCAAGUGAGGGAGGUUUUUCGAAGAAUUGUGUGCAGUCGAAUGGACGGGCUUGAUUCACUUGGUAGAGACUAGUAGCAAAACCAUCGUCCCCGGUGUCUCAUUCCCUGUCAUGUCAGAGGAUCUUCCAUUUGGAGGGAGUCAUGUAUCUAUUAAUCAUAGAAAAUGUAUAGCAUUUAGGAUGUUUGAAGGGGACCUUUGUGGUCUGUGCUGUUUGUUUUUGGUCUUGUGAUCUCGCUUAAUGUACAAUCAAUUUUCUCUUUGAUUUACUGCAUCUGGUUAUAGCUAA